AUGCAGCUAUUUGGGAUGAUUCUCGAGAAGAAAUAUAAUAAAAUCAAUCCAAACGAUUCAAAAAUACUAUUUUUGCCUCCAACAACACUUGAAUUCUUUAGAUUCUAUCCUGAUGAUUCCGUGAUUCCAACCUUACAAUACUUUCCAGCUUUGAAAUAUCGCUACGUUUUUAUUCCAUUCACAAACUCAGUAUCACUCACCGAAACAGGAGAUCAUUGGGCAUUGUUAGUUUGGGAACCAAACUUCAAUUCACAAAACGCAAGUAACUUUUAUUAUUUAGAUUCAUCAGGACAAGGAAACAGAAAAUACGGAGAGAGCAUAGUAGAACGACUUUCGAAACUAUAUCAAAUUGCAAAAUAUAACUUUAUUCCUUAUUCAUCACCUCAACAAAACAAUCAUUCAGAUUGUGGAAUGUUUGUCAUGGCUUUCAUGGAAUGCAUUGCAGAACAUCUUAUAAUCGAAAGAAUUAAUGAUAUAGUUUCCCAGCAAUAUGUCACAAAACUCAGAAAAGAAUUUGAGCGAAAAUAUCUCAAACCUAAAUGGAAAGUACAUACUAAAUCAGCAGAAAAAUAA